GUAAGUGCUCUAGGGUUAUCACAGUACUUACCCAAAGCUAUCUCUCGUUCCCUUUCCCUCCCUCUCUUUAUCUAACACGCUAACCCACUUGCUCAAAAUCAUGGCGGACAGAAACAGCCGGGUCAGUGUUAAGAGGAAAGAGAAGAAGGUAGAAAACAAAGCGAAUGAUGAGAAGGACAAAGAAAAGGAAAAGGGGAAGGAGAAAGUGGUGAAAAAGCCGGACAAACCGGUGAAGCCUGUGAAAAAGGCAGAGACAACUCCUGAGCAGCCCAAGGCGGAGGAAGAGAAGAGGAAUGGGGAAGGUGAAGGUGCUACGGGAGCUGAGGAAAACAUCAGUGAAGAAAAUGGAGAGUUUCAACCCAUAGAACUGCCACCAUUUGAGAUUGUCACAGGGGAACAGAUGAGCCCGUUCUACUUCAAGUUUCAGUUCAGGAACGUUGAAUACUCCUCGGGGAGGAACAAGACCCUGCUGUGUUUCAGAGUGGAUACACCAGGAGGCAGCACAGAGCCUCUGAAAGGUUAUAUGGAGGAUGAACAUGCCACAGCUCAUGCUGAGGAGGCCUUCUUUCAACAGGUGCUCCCUAACCCUUCCCAAGAGUAUGAGGUCACAUGGUAUGUAUCAUCCAGUCCUUGUGUGGCUUGUACAGCUAAAUUGGCCGUCAUACUCCAGCAGCGUAAGAAGGUCCGUCUCAGCAUGUUCAUCUCCCGUCUCUUUGAUUGGGAAGAGCCGGAGAUAGUAGAAGGGCUCCAGGCUCUGGCGAACGCUGGCUGCAAACUGCGGAUGAUGAAGCCGUCUGACUUUGUACAUGUUUGGGAAACGUAUGUGGAGAAGGAGGAAGAGAUCUUUGCACCCUGGGAGGAUUGUCAGGAGAACUAUGAAUAUUAUGUGGAGAAACUGGCCAAUAUUCUCAAGUAGAUGUGAAUCAGCGCACAUGAUGGACAGCAGGUCACCUCUGAGUGAACCACAUAUGGACUUGACUUGCUAAACCCCCACUGGUUGAAUGUGUUUUUGUUGCAGUUGCAUCUGAUUUUCAGAUCAGUAUUAGUUUGAAAGAACACUCAUUGCAACAUUUUGUAUUUUUUAUUUUGAUAAUUACAUAGGAAACCACAAUUGCUUGUAAUACAUUUAUAUAUCAUAAUGUAGAAAAACAUAAUCAUUCAAAUGAAAAAACAAAUAACACUCAUUGCUGAAGGCUUUGAAGAAGACUUAUUUUCACUUACAUCAUUUAAGUAGGAUAUCAAACCAGGUUUUACUAUAUACUCUUAUUAUGUAUUUCAGCUAAAACUGUUUAUGCCUCAUCUGAAGUAAUUUGCACACACACCUUUAUAAAGACCAGUUUAUGAGAAAAAGUUUGUCUAUGAUGAAUCUGGCCCAAAAUGUUAGCUCUAAGAAUUGAAACACUUACUUAAUGAGGAUUGAUAAAUAAAUCAAAUUCUCCUUCAGUUAACACAUACAGUACAUACAUUGCAUUGAAUAAUUGCUAACAAUUAAAGGUAAACAUUUAUAUGAUUGAUGCUUAUUACAUAAAUAAUAGUUUCAUAUUUUAACAUUAACUUUAACAGUUCAAUGAUGUGAAAUAUAAUAUGUAAAAUUUCAACAGUAUUCUUCAACCAAAUCAUUUUCAGUGCAGAAAAAAUCUAUACACAUCUAUAUGGCAAUGCGAGCCAAUAUGUUGUUCCAGGAUUCAAUAUCAAAUCAAUUUUUUUAAAUCACAUUUAUUUACAAAAAUAAAGAGUUCCCAGAGGAAGAAUCUCAGUGCAUGUACUUUUAUCCAGAUCUUCAGAAAUAUCCAAAUGUAGAAUUAUACGUCUAUUUUAUAUCCAGUUUCAAUAUUUCCACAAUGUUGUUUGUAAUGUCCAGCCUCACAGGGCUGUAGUAAAUCUAUUGACUAAUUAAAAAAGAUCUACUAAAAUGCAAA